GAAGACAUGCGAUUUCUCGUUAAAUUUGAAAAUCUGGUGUCACAGCAAACGACUCGAAUGGAAUUAUCGUCAACCUUGACUAUUUACGAGGUUCAAACUCUCAUUUUUCCCGGAGAAAAGUAUUAGGUUGAGCUUCGAGGUGUUUCACUGGAAAAUAACACUUUAGUUGCAAUGUGGUCACAGGAAAUUCGAGCAGAAUUUUGCCCUAAAGAACUCGCGGAUCUCCUCGAGAAAUGUCACGUCUUCAUUGGAAAGGAAACUGCUCAAUUGCAAGAGAUAAAAAAUCUCUAUCGGUGCAAACCGAAACCAUACUGGGAUUAUAUCUACAACUUCAGAGGCAAAGUGAUGGAAAAAUACAUCAAGGAUGAUAACGGCCAGCCAGGAAAUCUCAAAUGGGUUUUACUAUGUAGUAUUUGUUUUUG